AUGAAAGAUACUAACGUUCGUUUUGAUCCACCACCAUCACCAACUCAAAUACACCAUCCAACAAUUGAAAAUCGUCGAUAUCAAAUACGAUCACCACCACCUUUGAUUGGAACUCGAUUGCGAAACCCCUUGAACAAUCGUUUAAUGUCACAAACGACCUGCAUCAAACCCACAUCUAAAAACAAUCUACACCCAUCAAUGCAUUGGCACGAUUAUUAUCCUCCAUCACCACUCGAUGAAAAUACUAUCUUACCUAAACCAACCUCUAAAACAAAACUGUAUUCCACACAAUGGAAACUCGAAAAUCAAAAAUCAAAAACUAAAAAGGCUUAUUACGGUAAUCCAAUGAUGGGUUAUGGUGGAAUGGGAGGUAUGGGUAUGUAUCCUGGUAUGGGUAUGGGCGGUAUGGGCGGUAUGGGCGGUAUGGGCAUGGGAGGUAUGGGUGGCAUGGGAGGUAUGAUGAAUCCUAUGGGAAUGGGUUACGGUAUGGGCAGUGGAAUGGGUAUGAUGGGUUAUGGAAUGCCAAGAUAUGGAGGGAUGUAUGGAGGAUAUGGGGGAUAUGGUGGAUAUCCAGGGAUGUGUGACCCUUUAAUGGGACAAUAUGGUGCGCCGUCAGCUGCAAAUUUUGUCGACGAUAAUCCAGAUGCUCAUCGAAUCGAACAUGCUUAUCGUCAAUCGGCUCCAGACGCUUACGGUAUGUGUAUGGGAAUGAUGGGUGGUGGCAUGGGUAUCAACAAUAUACCAGGUAGUCAAGUCAUGAUGUACGGCAGAGGAAUGCCAUAUAAUGGCUGGUACGCGUAA